AAGUGCAACGGAUGCCCUUGAAUGUUCAUGCUUAUAAGAUUAGAGAGAGUGAGAGAGAGCGAGUUGUUUGGAUGACUCAGUUUAAUUCAGUCAGUAAUCAUUCGGAAGUUAAUCUGACCACAUCGCAUUUUAGCUAGAGUAACAACUGAUAGACUUGAUGAUAAAUUAUGUUAUUAUUAAAAGUUAAGUGAGUCAAUUAUAUAGGGUUGUUAAACAUAAUUGAUCAAGAUUUAAUUAUAAAAAUAAUACAUUUCUUAUUGAAUGAGAAAAAGAAAAUCUAAUUAGAGUAGUUCGACGUUUACCGCAAACUUAUAUUUUGAGGUAUUAAAUUGAUGUAAACAAUCGAUCAAAAUUCUGUAAUGCCUUUUCAAACUCGAAUACAUUUAUAAAAAAAAAAUAAUUUAUAAAUCAAGUGAUAGGAUAUUGAGCUCAAAUAAUUAUUAAUUUGAUAGAAAAUAAAGCUGAUUGAAUUCAAGUUUCUAAGAAGAAACAAAUUCUUUUAAAAAAAAUGGCGGUAAUUUGUGUUCAAACUUGUGCUAAAAGCUGCAAGAGGGCGGUUGAUGUAAGUGUCAUUGAAGAUGGCGUUAAACCAGACAUUUUAUUUUUGAAAUUUUUAAUUUGAACAGUUUCAUGCAUAUAAACAAUAAACAUAGUGUCAUAGAUAAGGGAAAGUGUCAUUAUAAUUAAUAAUACAUAAAAUCGUGACUUAAAAUGAGAUAAAAAAAGUUAUGACAAGAAGUGUUGCAACUGGAUUGUUUCUUUCAUCCUGAUUAUCUUGAUUAAUGAAUUCUUUAACACUGCUUGCUUGCUGCUUUGCCCAACAAAUUUUACUGACAUCUCAUGGUGAGAAUAGUAACUUCUAUCAUGUAAUAUGAGCUUGUGUGUCGGUGUGAUCGACCUACCAAUCAGCUGGUGUAACUAUAGUACAUUUUCAUUCUAUUAUCAAGGUAUUGAAAAAUACGACAUUUAAGAACUCAAUAGUAAGGAAAAAAAUUCGAAGGAGGGGGAAAUAUCUAUACGUAUAGUAUACUCACAUUUAGAAGUUGUAUGAGCCCACAUACAAAGGACCAUGACAUAAAUGACUUUGUUGCAUGAUGAAAAGUCAAGAUAAGUCCAUAUAAUGUGUGCAGGAUUGAAAUGCAAUUUUAGCAGGUUGUCAAUCAAUCUAGGUACAUAGAGAGUAUCUGGAAUCUGAUGACAACCUGCCACAACCAUGUCUUUACACGAUCGAAAAUUAAGAUCUUCUGUUAUUGAAGAACUGUCUGAUCAUGUUUCUUCUCGCUCCAAACACGACAUUAUUGCCUGUCUUAAUACUGUCAAAAAUGAUCCCAAAAUUUUUGACGAUUUUUGUAAAGGAAAAGGAUUAGAUAUUUUAAUCAAAUUAUUAAAAUAUCAAAAUGCUCGGAUUCUUGAUAUAACUCUUAGUAUUUUAGCUAAUGCAUUUCUUGAAUCCAGCAUCCGAGAAGAGGUUCGGGAUUCGAAACUAGCUCACAAUGUGAUCUGGAUUAUUAAAAACAUCAAUUCCAAUGGAACACUUCAUUGCAGAGCGUGCCGACUUAUUAGCAACUUAGUUCAAUCUGAACGUCAUGCAACAAUUUUUUGUGAAGCUGGAGUUAUAAAUGUAUUAAAUGGUAUUAUCAUAGACUCUACAAGUAGCUCAACACUUUUGAUGGCUGUACGAGCUGUAAGAAAUAUCUGGAUUACAAAUGAAAAAAGUCGACAAGAAAUCAUCAAUUUACAGCUUAUCAGAGGAAUAGCAGAUCUUUUGGAACAAUCAAAUUCAUCUAAACAUAAACAACUAUCCGAUGCAUGCUUGAAAGCUUUGAUAGCUUUUGCGAAUUCAACGAAUCCGAUAAUUGGUGAACAGAUAAAUGGAAUGAAUUCACGUGGCUUCACGUGUAUCUCAGAACUCUGUAAGGCUAAUAAUAAAACAUCUUUUCAAUUACUGUACACACUCUGUCAAGUAGCUGAUCAUCGGCCAAAUCUUGGAUGUGUGGGAGUCGUAGAAUGUUUAAUUGAUAUUUUAGAAACCCAAAGAACAAGUGGUUCAAUAUCAUCAUUAAUGCCUGAAAUAAUCAAGAGUUUUUGUUUGUUUGCACGUGAAGCUGUGAAUAGAAUGAAAAUAAGAUGUGCAGGAGGCCUUGAAUUAAUGUUAAAUCUUUUAAAGGAUAUCAAAAUUGAAGUUUACCAUCCGUCUCUUCUUCAUGCUUUAACUCAGUUUAUCGGAGAUGAGCAUAGUAUUUUAAUCAUGAUAAAAAAUGGUAUUGUUAAUAUAUUAGUCGAUAGGUUGAAAAUAAUGGUGCUAGACAAUCGAUUAGAAGCUAAAAAUCAUUCAGUUACACGUAAAAGAUCAGCUGAUGUUCUGUCAUCAUCAAACGAUAGUGCUAGUGCGGGUGAAAUUAAACAUAAUCGAACCAGCAAUGGCCGGUUUAGUUUAGAUUUUCAUUCAAACCAAUUAAGUCCCAGUAGCAGUACUUCAUCGCCACCAAAUUCACCACCAUUAACACACUAUAUGGAUAAUGAUAUUCUAGAUGAAGAUAAUUAUAGUCCUGUUUGCAGUGACACUGAUGAAUGGAUUGAUAAUGAUGAAAAUACAGCUCAAGAAGAGGUAGAUUCUUUGACGAGUUACGCAUCAACAAAUAUUGGAAGAGAUGACGAAUGUAGUGUUAUGCUUGACAUACUACCAAAUACAUCUAAAUUUAAUUACGCUCAUAUGUGGACAUUGAGUCUUUUGGUAAAACUAACCUUGUGGUCAGAUCCAAUAGAGGGUCUUGCCGAUUCUUCAACGAUUCAAGCACUCAUGGCCUAUAUAGAUACGUCAAAACAUCGUGUAGCGCUUUUAAUAUUAUAUAGAAUCACCAGAAAUCAUGUUUAUUUUAUGCCUUUACUUCUUCAAGGAUUUGUUUUUAAAGUACAAUUAUUGGAAAAUUUUAAAGAAUACUUGGAAGCUUUGUGUACAGUUGCGGAAUCUGGAGGUGCUUUUGGUAGUCUUUCGACAACUCUUUUAAGAGGAAAAGACUCGGAUAAAUACAUAGUAGCAGUAUCGGUACCAUUCUUACUAAGAUCUAAAGACAAGCUUAAAACACUUCUUGAUAACUAUGGAGGUCUUGAGCUUAUUUUUAAACUUCUUGCUAAUCCAAAGCAUUUACUUAAUAAAAAUGCAAUUUUAUCCAUUUGUCAAUUGGCAGAUGUACUUGGAGUUGUGCCAGAAAUUGUUGAAAAUCGGUUAAUCACUGUUGAUCCAGUAGUGAAAAAACAUUCAGAUUCUAAUUUUUCAAAUCAUUCUGUUGAACAUGCAUAUAAAUUAAAAAAUAAAAAAACUGUAACGUUUGAACUUGAUGAUGGAAGGACUGUGAAUUUUUGCCGAAAAACAUUGUGUAUAAAAUCCAGUUUUUUUUCUGCUAUGCUUGAAGGAAAUUUUUCUGAAGGAGGGAAACAGACUGUUUCUCUUCCAAAUGUUACUAAAGAGGGUCUUAUUGCUCUUUGUUUAGCUGCCAGUGGUCAUCUUUUUAAUGGAUCAGAUAAAGAUGAAAAAAUAAAGAUUGAAGCUCUUUUAGAAGCAGCGUUAUUGGCAGAUAAAUAUCUCAUGGGCGAUGAGUCAGCCAAAUUAACAGAAAUAUCGAUAUCUCGAUUAACGUCAAAAAAUUUAAAUCGUGCUUGGAAUUGGGCAAGAAUAAACUACUGCAGCGAACUCAAAAUUUGUUGUGCUAAAAAUAUUUUAACUCUAAAAAUGUCACACGAAGAUCGAAUGAAUGCGUUUCGAGAUUUUUAUGUAGAUCAAAAUUUUGAUGAAUUUUUACAAGACCUUCGAAGUAUUGUGAUGACCGAACUUUUAGUUAGAAAUUAACUGAAUAGUGAUGCCAAUUUGAACAAUUAACAUAUGAUUGUCAGAAUAAAUUGUUGAGCACUAAAAACUUCAUCAUCCAUUGACGAUAAGGACUAAUGAUUAAUUAGUUGAUUAUUGAUUAUUAAUUACUUUUACAAAAGUAUAACUCACACAUUAUAAUAUAAUUUUUUACAUUAAUCAUCAUAUUUAAA